AUUAAUUACCUUGCAAAAUUAUUUAUUAAAGUUUGUUGGUAGCCUUUUAAAUUUCUGGUUUAUAACUUUUACAUUAUAUCUGAUUUUUUUUUCUUUAAAUACAGUCUUAAGUUGCUUGUUUGCUAAAUUUUUUAACACAAUAAGAACAAUUUCCUAUUACUGUGUAUUUUAGGAAGGAGUUUGUGAUCCUAACAAUGAUAAGGUUGGUCGCAACAAUUAUAACAAUAAGGAUCUAAACAGAGAUUUUCCUGAUCAAUUCCAAGAUAAGUUUUCUUAUAACCGUAAUAUUUUCUUUGGAAGACAACCUGAAACUGUUGCAGUCAUGAAUUGGAUCUAUCAUAAUCCAUUUGUGUUAUCAGGAAGUUUACAUGGAGGAUCACUUGUCGCUAGCUAUCCUUUUGAUUCAGGAACUGGCAAGGGGUAUAGUGCAUCCCCAGAUGAUCAGUUAUUUUAUCAACUUUCUAAGUUGUAUGCUGGGAAACAUCCUUUAAUGAAUAGCAAGCAUAACUGUGAAGGUGAUAAGUUUAUAGAUGGAGUGACUAAUGGUAACAAUUGGUACACAGUUACAGGUGGAAUGCAGGACUUCAAUUAUUUACAUUCAAACUGUUUUGAAAUCACAUUAGAACUAAGUUGUUGCAAAUACCCAGAAGGAUCACAAUUAACAACUGAAUGGGACAAUAAUAAAGAAAGUUUAAUUUCUUUUAUUGAAGCUGCGCAUUGGGGUGUUAAAGGAGUAGUUAUGGGAGAAAACAAUAAACCAGUUGAAGGAGCAAAGAUAAUUAUUAAUAACAUUAAACAUGAUGUUUUAACUACAGCAAGAGGUGAAUAUUGGAGGCUUUUACUUCCUGGAUCAUAUGUAAUGAAAGUAUCAGCUCCCAGUUAUGCCACAGAAAGCCGUGAAAUUACUGUUCUAAAAGGCGUUACUUUAGAAGAAAACUUUUCGUUGAAAAGGAUUACAUAUAAGGAGGCGACUUAUAAACAGCAAGAAAUCAAAGUGGAUAAAUAUGGUUUUUUGAUACCUGUAGACUUUAAGCAUCAUCAUUAUAAUGAGCUUGAACAAAUAUUACUAUCACUAGCUGCUGAGUAUCCUUCUAUUACAAGGUUGUAUAAUAUUGGUAAAAGUGUUUUGGGUCGACAACUGUUUGUCUUGGAAAUCACUGAUUUACCGGGAAUUCAUGAGCCAGGAGAACCAGAAUUUAAGUAUGUUGCUAACAUGCAUGGAAAUGAAGUUAUUGGAAGAGAAAUGUUGAUUCUUCUAGCACAGUAUUUGUGCCAAAAUUAUGGUUCAAACAAGACAGUGACUGAAAUUGUCAAUUCAACCAGAAUUCAUUUAUUACCUUCAAUGAACCCAGAUGGAUAUGAAACCUCCACUGAAGGUGAUUAUGGAUCAGUUAUUGGAAGAGCUAAUGCUCGUAACAAAGAUCUGAAUAGAAAUUUUCCUGACCAGUACAGAAGUUCCCAGGAUGACAUUAAAUUGGAACCAGAAACAGAAGCUAUUAUUCAGUGGUUACAAAGUUAUCCGUUCGUUCUAUCUGCUAACCUCCAUGGUGGGGCACUUGUUGCAAACUAUCCCUAUGAUGAGAAUAACUACAACCAGAUUGCAGGAUCCCCAAAUUUAUCACCGGAUCAAGAUGUUUUUUCCCUACUUGCUAAAACAUACUCAUAUGCUCAUCCAAGAAUGCAUCUGCUUCAGAAACAUUGCUCUUACACUAAUGAAACAUUUGUAGAUGGUAUUACCAAUGGAGCAGCUUGGUAUAGUGUUUCAGGUGGAAUGCAGGACUAUAAUUAUAUAUUUGCUUCGUGUAUGGAAAUAACUAUUGAAAUGGGCUGUUUUAAGUAUCCUCCGAAAGAUAAAUUACCAAAAUAUUGGUUAGAAAAUAAAGAACCUCUACUUACAUUUAUGCAGCAGGUUCACAGAGGAGCCAAAGGUUUUGUUAGAAGUACCUCUGGAAACCCAAUAUAUAAUGCUACAAUAGAAGUUGAAGGAAUUGCCAAAACUAUGAAAACAGCCAAAGAUGGUGAUUUUUGGAGGAUUCUCACUCCAGGAAAUUAUAGUAUUACUGCAUCUGCACCUGGGUAUGUAAGUGAAACUAGAACAUCUAUUAUUGUUCCCGAUGAUGUGAAUGGUGUCUCAGUGAAUUUUACUUUACUUCGUGAUGAUCCUGGAGCAUGGUCAGUUGAAUAUGAUUUUAGUCAAGCUUCAAAUAUACAGCCAAUAGAAAAUUAUCUGACUGAUGAAGAAAUCAAUAAGGAACUUAUUUCAUUAGAUAGAAAUGCACCUGAUCUCGUACAGUUUUUUGACAGUUCUUUAGCUUUCUUAAAAAUGUCAGAACAUGUUGCUUCUUCAAAUGAACAUAAAUUGCAUGUGGCUGUAGUUGGCGGAUUGUAUAGAACUGAACCCUCUGGUAGAGAACUAGCUCUGAGAUUAGCUAGACAUUUGUUUGUUGGAUACAAAUUACAUGAUCCGAUAAUAGAUAGGAUCUUAAAAGAAUCAAUUAUUUAUAUUAUACCUUCUAUUGAUGAUGUUGCUAUGACUGAUUGUUACAAUACAGAAAAUAUUACUAAUCAAGUUGUGUCAAAUAUUCUUUCACAAUCCAAAAGUAAUAUUAAAGCAGCUGCAUUUUUAAAGAUACUCGAAGAACUCAAAUUUGACUUGAUGAUUAGUAUUGAAAGUUCUGGAUUAGGCUUGAGGCACUCUCAAGAACAUGAUAUUAUUAGAUCUUCUGUUUAUGAUAUGCUUACUGAAACUUAUAAAGAACUUCGUCCUGGAAAGGUUGGUAAAUGUUCUGGAAGUUUGACAAAAAUAACAUCUGUGAAACAGUCACUUCUAGAAAUGCUGCAGCACACUUUCAAUGUUACUGCACUGUCUGCUCAAAUAGACUGCUGUAGCUAUAUUUUACCAACAGAAAUCCCUAAUAUUUGGCGACGUAAUUUGAAACCUCUAGUUGGCUUGUUGCAUAAAGCAAUGCAAGGUAUUAAGGGAAGAGUUUUUGAUGCUAUGAAUAAUCCUAUGCGAGAAGCCGUGGUCACUUUAAAUGAGUCUGCUGCAUACACUGUUGGUGUAACUUCAAAUCAAGCCCUGUUUAAAUUUACUUUGCCUCCUGGAUUUUAUACUCUCAAGAUAUUAUGUCCAUUUCAUAAGACGAAGUUUGAAAAUGUUACUGUUCAUGAAGCAGCCUUCACUGAAGUUAACAUUGAAUUGGAAUCUUCCCAUUUCACUCUACCCACUGUUCACACUCCUUUGAAUAAACCGGGAAUUACAGGUUAUGUAAUUGAUUCAAAUCAUCAUCCAGUUCCACAUGCCACUAUAGUCAUUGAAAGAAAAAAUGUUUCAUAUGGAGUGAAAGAAAAUGGUGCUUUUUGGAUUCCCCUUCCCAUAGGGGAAUACACUGCCGCGGUAUCUGCAAAAGGCUAUUCUUCUUCUACAAAACUUGUUAAAAUAAAUAACAAUAAACCUGAACAAAUUAUUUUUGAUCUUGUUAAAUUAGAAAGUGUAAUAGGAUUACCUCGCUUUAUUUUUAUUUUGUUGACAGUUCUCAUAAUUAUAUUGCUAAGUGGCGUAUUACUAUUUUGUUAUAUGCUCUGCAAACCAGAAAAAGGGCGUUCUGGUUUUUCAUUGGUGCCUCAAAAACCAUCACUAUUUGAAGAUGAUGAAUCAGAUUUAUUUAAAACUCCAAUUAGAGGAAAUACAUUUAAAACAGUACCGUAUUACGACAAUAGUGACAUUGAAGAGGAAAGUAGCUUGUCAGAUGAAGAUAUUGUUGAUGUUUUAGAGAUCCAACAAAGUUUGAAGAAACAAUAUUCAUGAUUUAUAAUUGAAUUUUCUAAGAAUAAAAAAAAUGUAUAUAUAUUCACACUCAUAUACAAUGUUUACCAAUAUAUAUUUUUUUAAAUUC